GACUGAUGCUGCCCAGGCCCCUGCUGAACCCCUCGGGUCGCCUCUCAUCUGUCCCAGCUCCUUUCUGCAUCUACUCCCACGGGUGCUGCUUAAGAGGAGGAGAAUACACUAACUAAAAUGGAUGAUAUCUUCACGCAGUGCCGGGAAGGCAAUGCGGUUGCAGUUCGAUUAUGGUUGGACAAUACAGAGAACGACCUCAAUCAAGGAGAUGACCACGGCUUCAGCCCGCUGCACUGGGCUUGCAGGGAGGGCCGCUCCAGCGUGGUGGACAUGCUCAUCAUGAGAGGGGCUCGCAUUAACGUCAUGAACCGGGGGGACGACACGCCCCUACACCUGGCCUCCAGUCACGGACAUCGCGAAAUCGUGGGAAAGCUGAUUCAGUGCAAAGCAGACACUAAUUCAGCCAAUGAGCACGGGAACACACCACUGCAUUAUGCCUGCUUCUGGGGCCAAGACCAAGUGGCUGAGGACCUUGUGACUAAUGGGGCUCAGGUGAGCAUCUGUAACAAAUAUGGGGAAACGCCCCUGGACAAAGCCAAACCACACCUGCGUGAACUCCUCGGAGAAAAAGCUGAGAAAAUGGGACAGAACUUGGCUAAGAUUCCCUUCAAGGACACGUUCUGGAAAGGCACCACCAGAACUCGACCCCGCAAUGGCACUCUGAACAAACAAGCAGGCAUUGACUACAAACAGCUCUCUCUCCUGGCUAAAGUGAACGAGAACCAGUCUGGAGAGCUGUGGCAGGGACGCUGGCAAGGAAAUGAGAUUGUUGUUAAAGUGCUUAAAGUUCGUGACUGGACCACAAGAAAAAGCAGAGACUUCAACGAGGAAUAUCCAAAACUCAGGAUAUUUUCCCACCCGAAUGUCCUUCCUAUGUUGGGAGCAUGUCAGUCUCCUCCCGCCCCUCACCCCAUCAUCAUCACACACUGGAUGCCUUAUGGCUCCCUCUACAACGUGUUGCAUGAAGGCACCAACUUUGUGGUGGACCAGACACAGGCGGUGAAGUUUGGGCUGGACAUUGCUUGUGGAAUGGCCUUCUUGCACACACUCGAACCCAUGAUCCCUCGCCACUAUCUCAACAGCAAAAGUGUUAUGAUAGAUGAAGACAUGACAGCCAGGAUCAGCAUGGCAGAUGUCAAGUUCUCCUUCCAGUGUCCUGGCAGGAUGUACUUGCCUGCAUGGGUAGCCCCCGAGGCCCUGCAGAAGAAGCCAGAAGAGAUCAACCGUCGGUCAUCAGACAUGUGGAGCUUUGCCAUCCUGCUGUGGGAGCUGGUGACCAGAGAAGUGCCGUACGCUGACCUCUCCAACAUGGAGAUUGGCAUGAAGGUUGCCUUGGAGGGUUUGAGGCCCACUAUCCCCCCUGGCAUUUCGCCCCAUAUUUGCAAGCUCAUGAAGAUAUGCAUGAACGAGGACCCAGCAAAGAGGCCCAAAUUUGACAUGAUUGUGCCAAUUCUGGAGAAAAUGCAGGACAAGUGAAACUCCUCCUCUUCCCUCCUGUACUGAACCGUUGCAUUAGAGGAUAUCUUGUCCCAAAUGUCCCUCUGAUAUAUUGGUGUGGUGCUUGCCAGUAUUGCCUUAAACUCUCGCUUUCUGCUGCAUUCAACACCACUGUAGCUUCAGCUUCUGAGAUGAAUUCAGCAGCAGUCACGUCUUGUACGCCUUUGUUCUUUCCUUUUUUUUUCAAUGUGACAUCAAGUUUUUAUUAUUACUGUCUUCAUCUAUGUCACUGAUUUGCUGUCUUCACAGGAGUUUGUGUUGACUGUUCAUCCCUAACUGUAAUCAUGUGAUUGAGUUAUAUCCUCUUAUAGACUGAAUAACCUGUGGAGGUCAGCAUGACAGACUGCAGCACUCCUUCGGUGGAUGUAAGGCCUUGUUUUUCUUACCUGGAGUGUGCUUGCCUUGUAAGGAAACUGCUCCUCUAUAAUGUUGGCCCCUAAUAAAUCAGAUAACAUAUUAACUCAAAGCUUGUCUUGUGGGAAAAAGUAGUUGUGUUGGCUACAAACUGUAUGCAACUGGGCAAGCAUGACGCAUGUCUGAAACCAAGCAUUUAAACAAUAUAUCAGAUUAUAAAAAUGUUUAUGAAAGAGUGAUGCCUGUGAAAGUACUUAGCAGUAAUACCUUUCAGCUUGGCUGUGUUGUGAUGUGUUUAAGCCUGACCGUAAACUGCUGACAGUGAUGUAAAACUGCCCAUAGAAACUUUAUUUUCAUGCACGAAAAAUGGCAAUUUUGGGCAGAUUACUUUUAUAUGGAUUGCAAGAUUGCUAAUUUUCUUGUUGAUUGCUAUCAUGUAAUGUAAUUAACUAGAAGACUCAAAGGUUAUCUACUUAUUCUCAUUUCACUCCCUUCAAAAUUUUAACGUUUUUAUACGAUCAAAUACUGUUGGCUGUACUUUUUUCACACCGAGUAUAAUCUCCUCAAAAUGUCUAAAAGUGUUUGUGCUCAACUCACAAGUGUUUUUUUUUCUUGCUGAAAGCUGGCUGUGUCGUUAGGAAUUAAUUCUGCAACUGAGAUAAUUUAUUCGUAGAUAUCAAAGAUACAGUAUGUUGUGCUUAAUGGUUGUGCUUUCGAGCAAUGGACUGCCUUUCUUACAAACUUUACGGCGACAUCAGAAGAAGCUGCCAACAGAUGGUGACUGGGACAAGGAGCGGGGGUGCUAACAUCCUGCAAACCUUCAUUUUGUUUUCUCACGUGUUUUUAUUUCUUUGGUCCUCUACAUUACUUCUGACUUUCUUUCAAUCUUGUGGGUUUUUGUUCUACCUGCAUCGUCCAUGUGCCUACACCAGCUGGCUUAUUUGUGCUGAAUCACAGGUUGAAGCCAAAAUCAAGAAUGACUUUCACAAAUGUAUGUAUUUAUAUAUAAGUAUAUUAAAAAGAAAAAAUAUGGGCAA